AUGGGCAUGGUGACACUUUUUGCCCUCUGUUCCAGCAUGGCACUCAGGUCCAGGAUUCCUCCAACAUCUGCCAGCUCCCUCAUGAUGUUGUUUCUUGUGAAACAGUAUUUUCACUCCCAGGCCAAAGGUUCUCUGCUGGAAAAAACCACUACUGGCUGGAACAAAUACAAACAGGAAUGCUUGAAAAUGCUGCAGGAAUCAUCUGUAGAUAGUGGAGUACAUUGCAAUGGGACAUUUGAUCAAUUUGUAUGCUGGCCUUACUCACCCCCAGGAAAUGUGUCUGUUCCUUGUCCUUCAUAUCUGCCAUGGCUGGAAAAUGGAAGUGUAGGACAUGUAUACAGAGUCUGCUUGGAUGAAGGGAUUUGGCAAACAAAGGAAAAUUCCACAGACAUUUGGCGGGAUAGUUCAGAAUGUUCUGAGAAAAAUCAUUUCCAAAAAAAUGAAGAAGAACAUAAACUGCUCACCACAUUACAGCUGUUGUACACUAUAGGUUAUUACUUUUCUCUCAUCUCACUGGUAUUAGCUCUGGUUAUACUUUCUUUUCUCAGAAAACUUCACUGCACAAGAAACUACAUCCACAUGAAUUUAUUUGCAUCCUUUAUCUUGCGUGCUGCUGCAGUUCUUAUAAAAGACUCUGUGUACUACAAUAUUUACUCAAAAAGACCAAAUGAUGAAAGUGGAUGGAUAUUAUACCUCAGUCCAGAGAUUGUAAUCAUUUGCAGGACUGCCCAGUUUUUCAUGCAUUACUUUGUUGGGGCAAAUUACUUCUGGCUAUUAGUAGAAGGAAUUUAUCUGCAUACACUGUUGAUAACCGUGGUGCUCUCUGAAAGACGACUGCUGCAGACAUACAUUGUGAUAGGAUGGGUUGUUCCAAUUCUCUUUGUGGGCCCUUGGGGAAUAAGCAGAUCCAAACUGGAGAACACUGGGUGCUGGGGAACAAAUGAACACAUGGGGAUCUGGUGGAUCAUCCGAGGACCAAUGUUGUUUUCCAUUGCAGUUAACUUUGUCAUCUUCUUAAAAAUUCUCAGAAUGCUGAUUUCCAAACUAAAAGCUCAGCAAAUGAGUUUUCAUGACUACAAAUACAGAUUGGCAAGAUCUACACUUGUGUUGAUUCCAUUGUUGGGGAUCCAUGAAUUUGUAUUUACCUUCAUCACUGAUGAACAGGUGGAAGGACUUUCAAGACAUAUAAGACUUUUCAUUCAGCUGACAAUGAGCUCAUUUCAUGGUUUUUUGGUAGCAGUUCUCUACUGCUUUGCUAAUGGAGAGGUGAAAGCAGAGCUGCAGAAGCAGUGGUCCCGUUUCCUUCUGGCAGAUCCCUUUGGCUGCAAACUCUGCUUUCUCGGGGAAAACAUAAAAUACCUCAGGAAAUGUUCCCAGAAACGGAAAAAGCAGCACCUGAGCAGCAAGCAGCACUUGUGCCUGGAGGUGAGCAAGCCCUGGGACGUGCAGCUGCAGCAGGUGCUGGGCAGGCAGAGGACAGAGGGCAGCCCAGGGCUCCCCCAGAUGAGCAUGUCCGACAGCAGCGAGGGAGAGGUCACCACCGGAGAGACCACCGAGGAGGUCUUCGAGGAAAGUGAAAUUUAGGAUGCUGUGCCCUGGGUCAGCACCUGCCACCAGCCAGGCUUGGGAAAGAUCUCUCACUUCAGCCUGUCCAGGGCUCUGGGAUGUGCAGUGCAAGGACAAGCAGUUGAUGUCCCAGGUGCUCCAGUUUUCAUCUGAGAAAAACAUUAUUUAUCUGGGUGUUGCUGACCUGUGUGGCUGGGGAGAAGAGCUCUUCUGGAUGGAGCAUUUUUGCUUUGAGCUGACAUUUUUGGUUUUGUGAUGUACACAAGGAAGCAGGAUGAACUCUGGAAAUAAGUAAGCUCUGGAGACACAUUUUGCCAGCUUCAUCCAUAUGUGACUGGCUUUGAGCCAUGAGAAGUUCUUAGUUCUUCUCUUUCAUAGGAGUGGUUCAUAAAAAGAGAGAUGUGUGUGGAAGACUCCUUCCUUCACAGACUGAAAUUAUACCCCAUCUCAUGAAAACCACCUGUCUCUUUAGAACAAACCAGACCAAACAUAUAUAUAAAACAUAUAUAUAAAACCAAAAAAAGCAAACUUGGGAAGAACCAAGCUUUUGCUUGCAUUUUUGAGCAUCUUCACUUAAAGUUUAGUGCUGGAAAUGUCAUAAUGAGAUGAAAACCCAAACUACUUUCAUGGAAUAUGCCCAAAUGAAAUGCUGUGAUACAAUUUUUUUUUUUGUUAUUUUUUUGACACAAGCCACUGUGACUUCUGGUUUGCCCUACAUGAGACUUAAUGACAAAACAGCUCAGUGGCAAAUGCUGCCUUCACCUUCCUCCCAGGGGACCCAAAAUGGAUAAAGACAUGGGAUUGUGACAGUACCAAGGGAGUAUUGAGAAAUCCUUCUUCCUCCAUUUAACAAGAGCCAUGGUGAAGUUUCAUUUCUCACACCCAAACCCUAUGAAAUGCAAUCAAGUUUGUUAAUAUUCUAUGAUCCAGCUUAUAUAACUUACUAAUCUUUUAUGAUUAUUUAUCAGCCUACAAAGGAUUAGCCAUGCAACCUGUGGCAUUUAUACUCUUAUUGCAAAGAACAGAUCAAUUAAUUGACUAGCACUAGCUCAAGAACGUAUUUCUAGCACUUUAAAAAAAUAUUUCUUUUACAGUCUUAUCUGUGUUAACCUAUUUAAUCAAUACAAAGUUGUAUAUUUCAGUAAUAGAUUAAUAAACUGUAAAUGUUUGAUCCAUUUUAAAAUAAUAUACCUGCAGUUCUUAAAGGCUUUUUACUAGAAUGUGAAUUCUUCUCAUAUAGCAUUUUAUUGCAAUGGAUUUCUUCAGCAGCCACUGCAAACACCAGACACCACACAUGCACACAUUGUGUCUUCCUCAAUUUAAAACAGACUGAUUUCUUCUAGAGCUAUUGUUUACCACACAGAGUAGACUGAAGUGAUUUAGAAUGUGUUUUACUUAGGUGUUAAAAACAUUGAAAUGGUUAGAUUUUAUGGCAUCUCCCUGAAAUAGUUUACUUUUUAAUUGCAUUUAAAGAUUUUCAUAUAGUCAAGAAACCAGUUUUCUGUGGUUUGAACAGCAGUCCCUCUAGCUGCAUUUUCUCCUCUCUGUUAAGUGUUUGGGUUUUUUGCCUCUUUCAGUUUAUAAAAAUCAACUCUUGUUAUGUAAGCAGGCCCUGUUGGCCUGAGGUCUGAUCCAGACAAAAACAACCAUCACAUGGAUUCCUUCAGAAAGUGCCUUUCUAAGUAGAUAACAGCAAGAACUCAGCAUUAUUUAUUUUACAGAAUCAUUACAAGCUCCUAAUUUCUAAAUAUUUCUAGAAGACAGCAGCAAUCUUCACAAUUCACAUGUUAGUCAGAGCCAGGAGUAGCUGACUGUCCUCUGGGAACCUGAAGGUCAGGAAUUCUCUGGGAUUUUCUUUCCACCCUUUGUGAAUCCCUGGAGGGACACUGAAGCCUGGUGAGCUGAUGAAAGCACCUGCAGCAGCCAGGAGUGCUACAAGUGCAGACUAGACACACAGAAACAGGGGGAAGGACAAGAAACAGGACCUUGUUCUGACAAAACAAGACUGGAGGAGACAGCCUGACCUACACUGGUGCUUGUUUACAAGUGGUGUUUUAUGUAAAUUAUGUAUCUAAUUUACACACUGACUAAUUAUCAGGCAACAGAAAGUGUAACAUUCCCCCAGGGGUUCAUGCUUGUGCAUAAACAGGUAACACAUCUUUUUAUCAACUGUUUUUUAACUUUACUCCCCAGAUUUUCACUGGUUUAUGAGCAAGCCUGGUGGGAGAUAAAGGCUUCAUGGGAGCCUGGACUCUGCUGAGUCAAUCUAUUCAGAAAGACAAAGUGGUCUGUUAAUCCUCAGGACAGCAGAGACAACCCACACCCAAACCUGACUGCCACAGCUUUGGAGUUCUUUGCCAAGGAUUUUGCUUUUUUGCAUAACACAAAACCAAACAAAAAAAUUGCAUUCCAAGCCCAGAAUAGCCUGUGGGGUUCAGAAGAGCUUUGCUAUUAGAUGCGGUGUGAUAACUGAUAUAUAUAAAUAAGGUUUAUUCCAUUCCCAAUCUGUUGUGAGACAGGCUAUUAAUCUUUUAUAUUUUACUACACCUAAAGCACAACCUUCCAGACACAGUGGCUCCUCCUACAGCCAGAGAUGUCAACUGUAUGCCAAUUAUUCAUGUGUACUUACAUUCUUUGUUAAAUAUAUUGCUUCUACAUGCCAGAGUCUGUGCCUCAAAGCCUCAAACAGUAAAGCACAAACAUUCCAUUCUGGAAAGUUCUGUCAGUUAUGCCUUGGAAUCAAUAAUACUGGUCCUUACUUUCACUUAUUUUCACUUGAUUCUGGUAUUUUCUUCCCUUUUCCCAUCAGUCUGAGCUCCCAUUAAGGAAAAUUCUGUGAUCUGUAAAAUUCUUCAUGAUGUUAUUUUGCUGACAUCAUCCUUCCCAGCUCCCAUAGCAACCACCCUUCUGGACUUUUAACUAUUUUUUUUCCACCUGCCAUUUCAAGUCUCACAAACUCUCUGCUGUGCUAAAUGUCAUCUCCUGUUUAGAUAUCUCUGCAGUCAUUCCUGGAGCCACACACAGCUACAAAUGAGAAGCAGCUGCUUGUGAGCUUCAUCACUGCAAUUAGCUCCAGGAAAUUAAAGUUCAGCUGCCACAUCCCCAGCCCUCAAAGGCUCCAAGGCUGUUUCCUUGUGCAUCACAUUGGCUUAGCAAAGAGGAUGCAAAACACCACCUAGAACUAAGGAAAGGAACAAAACCAUCAAAAAGGCACUAGGAAGAAUUCUUCAGCUUUUUCCUUUUCUCCUUUGCCCUUCAGGAAAGGAAAGGGGUGGAUUUAUUGGACUUUAUCUAAAGAAAGGUAUCACAGGCAAUCAAUUAUCAAUCACUGACUAAACUGUCCAUCUAUCUGUAGGGAGGCAAAAAAUCUGUCAAGUGCUGUUUAACUCCAACACUGACAGAGCUGGGAGAAGUCCCUGAGCCGAGGAUCAAAGUGUAAUGUAGGGUUGAAUCACAG